AUGGGUAAAGAAGAUUUGCAGAAAGUUAAGCUUAAAAUUGGUAGUGUCGUAAAAAAUCAAUGGCAGAUAUUACGCCGAAUUGGAGAAGGUGGCUAUGGCCUAGUUUUCCAGGUGGUUAAUAUGCAAAAUCCAGUCCAAAUGGCAGCUAUGAAGACCGAACCUGUUGGGAUGCUUAACGACGAUCAAAUACUGAAAAUGGAAGUACAUGUUUUAAAAAAGCUGGACAAAUCAAAGCAUGCAUGCAAAAUUUAUGCAGCUGGAAAGGGUGAAAAUUAUUAUUUUCUAAUAAUGACUUUAUUAUCAAAAUCAUUAAGUGAAUUACGGAAGCACUGUCCAAAUCAGCGUUUCACGUUGUCAACAUCAGUGAAGUUAUGCAUGCAAUGUCUGGAAGGAAUUGAAGAUUUACAUAAUGCCGGAUUUAUCCACCGAGAUGUGAAACCGUCAAAUUUUGCAAUGGGACGUAAACCAUCAGUAAUGCAUACCGUAUUCAUGCUUGAUUUCGGUCUUGCCAGACAAUACUAUAUAUAUGAUGAAAAAGGUAACACUAAACUACGUGAACCACGUAAAACGGCACCAUUUCGCGGUACGAUUCGAUACUGCUCGAUAAACGUCCAUCGUCAUGAAGAGCAAGGACGUCAUGAUGAUUUAUGGUCGCUUUUAUAUAUGACUGCCGAAAUGAUACUUGGCACUUUGCCGUGGUAUAACCCAUUAAAAUAA